AUGGCCUCGAGGCUAUUCACUCCAAUAUAUCUCGUUGAUCGCGACCGGCUAUUUGAAGAGAUGCGCAAACGACCUGCGCGGGUUUCCGAUUCUUCCCUCGCAGGUUAUCUCAACCUACGGGAUACCCACGAACUCUUGGAAACCGUCGAAACUCUCCUAGAAGAAAAGCGUGGAUUUGUCGUGGGCGGGUGCAAGUUAUCGUCGACCUUCCGUAAGGAGGCACAACCUUAUCGACUUGGCGCCGGCGAUGAAGAGGUCUCGAACCAGCGUCCAGUGCCAUUUCCCCUGCCACACUCCACUCCUUCAUUCAAACUCCGCCACACCCUUAUCGACAAGCUCAAGGCACAUCAGAUCGAGGGUGUCAACUUUCUCUGGAGUAAGACCGCUUCACAGUCGACGGAGAAGUCUGGAACUUUGCACGGCGACGACAAGGGGCUGGGAAAGACCGUCCACCGGUCGUCGCUUUCCUUCUGA